GGUCAUUUCCGCAGUCCCUAUUGGAUUCCUUGCACAGAGAGGCUCUGGGCUAAGGAUGUCAAACUCAUUUUUACUGGGGGUCACAUCAGCCUCUUGGUUGCCUUCAAAGGACCAAAUGUAAUUUCAGGACUGUAUAAAUGUAACUACUUCUUAUCUAGGAGCAAGGAUCUCGGCACUGCUGCCGGGCAGAAACAAGGUGCGGACCGGAUAAAGCAAAGCGGAAGGCCAGAUUUGGCCCGGAGGCCUUGUGUUUGCUACUUGUGCUCUGGGCCAAAAUAGACCAGCACAGACUAAACAGAGCACCCUGUGGGCCCUGCAACCUCAGGUGACCAGGUGAUGAGGAGUGUCAUGUUUAAGCUACCGGUGUGCAACCAACUCUCCAGAAAUGCCUUUGUGAACUGAAAAGAGAUUGGUGAAGGCAGGACUUUCCAGGGACAGCAGCAAGCAGUCAGCUUGUAGGUGAGCCUCCCAGAAGCCUGUUUUCACUGCUCUUCAGCACCUGUCCUGGAAGUCAUGGAAGGUACCAUCACUGUGGACCCCUGGACUGGGUUCAGACUUUUUGUUUUGGUAUAGUGAGAGUUUACUCCUCAACAGGCUAUUUUAGUGUUUAGAUUUGCAUUCCAGGCCUUGAGGAGGGGGUUCUGAGGGCCACCAGUGAGAGGUGAGGAAUAAUAUCUAAUUAUAUACAUAAAAUGAGGUGGCCGCACUAGUGUGGGCCCCUCCCCCUCAUGACCUUGGCCCUUUUCCACUCAUCAACCCAGGUUAUGGGAUCUCAGAAGACAUGGGGCCAGGGCAGGGAAGAUGCCUGUGGGUUUUUGGAACAGGCGAUUUCACUUGGAUUUUGAAUUCUUUUCUGUCUGAACACAAAGCCUGUUAUAGUUCUAGAUUAGGGAUGUCAAACUCAUUUUCACCGGGGGUCACAUCAGCCUCUCAGUUGCCUUCAAAGGACCAAAUGUAAUUUCAGGACUGUAUAAAUGUAACUACUUCUUAUCUAGGAGCAAGGAUCUCGGCACUGCUACCGGGCAGAAACAAGGUGCCGGACCACAUAAAGCAAAGCAGAAGGCCAGAUUUGGCCCGGGGGUCUUGUAUUUGCUACCUGUGCUCUGGGCCAAGAUAGACCAGCACAGACUAAACAGAGGACCCUGUGGGCCCUGCAGCCUCAGGUGACCAGGUGAUGAGGAAUGUCAUGUUUAAGCUACCGGUGUGCAACCAACUCUCCAGAAAUGCCUUUGUGCACUGAAAAGAGAUUGGCUAAGGCAAGUGAAAGCAGGACUUUCCAGGGACAGCAGCAAGCAGUCAGCUUGUAGGUGAGCGUCCCGGAAGCCUGUUCUCACUGCUUUUCAGCACCCAUCCUAGAAGAUAUGGGCGAGGGCAGGGAAGAUGCCUGUGGGUUUUCAGAACAGGCAAUUUCAUUUGGAUUUUGAAUUCUUUUCUGUCUGAACACAAAGCCUGUUAUAUUCCUAGGUCAGGGAUGUCAAACUCAUUUUCACCGGGGGCUACAUCAGCCUCAAGGUUGCCUUCAAAGGGUCAAAUGUCAUUUUAGGAUGGUAUAAAUGUAACUACUCCUUAACUAGGGACAAGGAGCUUGGCACUGCUGCCGGCUAGAAACAAGGUGGAGGGCUGGAUUCGGCCCUCCAGCCUUGUGUUUGCCACCUGUGUCCUAGAUGGACGCUAGGGCCACCAUUGCUGAGGGGCUGACCUGGACCCAAGAGACAUGUCAGCCCGUGUAGACAUUCUUGGACCUCUUCAACCAAGGAAAAUUAACCAGCAUCAUCUUAGAUCACAAGUGCCAAAAUAUUCUGCAAGGAAACUUUAAGCCUGAUUUCCACAUGAAAUACAUUCGUAAGGAUCUUCACUCAGCCAUCGCACUGGGCAGUGCCGUCAACCGUCCAACUACAAUGAUGACUGCAGCCAAUGAAGUAUACAAAGUGAAAGUUGACAGGCCUGUCAGAGUGUAUGCAGAUGGAAUAUUUGACCUCUUUCAUUCAGGCCAUGCAAGGGCACUUAUGCAAGCAAAAACACUAUUUCCCAACAGCUACUUGUUGGUAGGAGUUUGCAGCGAUAACCUUACCCACAAAUUCAAAGGCUUCACUGUGAUGAAUGAAGCCGAGCGAUAUGAAGCUCUCAGACACUGCCGCUAUGUAGAUGAAGUCAUUAGAGAUGCUCCAUGGACACUCACACCCGAGUUUUUGGAAAAACACAAGAUUGACUUUGUGGCCCAUGAUGACAUUCCGUACUCUUCUGCUGGCUCUGAUGAUGUUUACAAGCACAUAAAGGAAGCAGGAAUGUUCGUUCCAACUCAGAGAACAGAAGGCAUCUCGACAUCAGACAUCAUCACAAGAAUUGUCCGGGACUACGAUGUUUAUGCCCGUCGCAACCUUCAGAGAGGAUACACAGCCAAGGAACUGAAUGUCAGCUUUAUAAAUGAGAAGAAAUACCGCUUUCAAAAUCAGGUAGACAAGAUGAAAGAAAAAGUAAAGACCGUGGAGGAAAGGUCAAAGGAAUUUGUGAACCGAGUGGAAGAAAAGAGUCAUGAUCUAAUUCAGAAGUGGGAAGAGAAGUCCAGGGAAUUCAUCGGCAACUUCCUCGAACUAUUUGGGCCUGACGGAGCAUGGAAGCAGAUGUUCCAGGAGAGGAGUAGCCGGAUGCUGCAGGCCCUGUCCCCAAAGCAAAGCCCUGUGAGCAGCCCCACCAGGAGCCGGUCCCCUUCCCGCUCCCCGUCGCCUACCUUCUCGUGGCUCCCGAUCAAAAGCUCACCCCCCUCCUCACCCAAAGCUGCCUCAGCAUCCAUCAGCAGCCUGAGUGAGGGGGAUGAGGAUGAGAAGUAAAGGUUGCUGGCAGACUACAAGAGCUAAACCAUGCAGGCCAGGGAGGAGGGCGGGGACACUGGGGGUGCCUGGGUGGUGUUGGAGGGGUCUUAGUUACAGGAGCGGCAGCUCUGUGGGGAGACCCUGAGCUCUGCUAAGGGAAGGCCUUGGGACCACCUCUCCCUCAUUCUCCACUCAGCCCAGCACCUGGGCUCUGCAGGGAGGUUUCCAGGCAGACAAACUAUACAAACCUCCUUAGCAUCUCUUAGAAUCACUGUACUUUAAGGAAAGAUGCAGAGCACCUCUGGGAGGCUUACACCAAGUGGGGUGCCUUCUGCUUUGGUCCUUCUACCUACCCGCACCACGUGCACCACCUGUGGAAGCAGCUGUUCCCUCAACCUGCUACUUCCUGCUCCUGAGGGCCCUGCACGUUGCCUCCUGCCACCCAAGCUCUGCCAGAAUAAACCUGUUCCCAGCAGAAACACUUGAGUCCAAGGCAAAUGCCAACUUACUCACUUUAGCCACUGAGACCUGACAUUGCAAUGUAUCACUUCUUUCCAGUUCCAGAAAUGUGGCACAUAAACGAAGGUUUGCUUUAGGCCAGAUAUAUAAAAGGUCAUCUACUGUGGCUCUUAAUUUCUUAUUCAGAGGACAGUUUUGUCAAGGAGAGCACCAUGUUAGGCCUAAUGUCCUCUGGGUUGUCCCUUUUCAUCAAUUUAACUUGUUUUCCCAAACUACCUUGAUCUGUGGGAAACGCAACAAAGAAAAAUAUCCUAUAUAACAGAGGAAGGAGGAGCUGCUUUGCUUUGGCUCCAGGCUUAGCAGAUGGUAAAUAUCUCCUGAAGCUUUUCCUUACAGGAUGCUACUAUGGAAUGGCUUUCCCCAUUUCUGACCAGUUAACAGUUUCAUAGACCUCAAGUAACAGUUUGAUGUACCAAACUACGUAGUAUACCCAUAGGGGGCGCUACUUGCACGUACGUGUUCUGUAACAUGCCAUCCAGGGUGCAGGCCAUAGGCAACCUGAAAAUGUAGUUGGCGUUUUACAAUAUACUCCUUUCCUGCUCUCUAAUAACCCUGCUGAAGUCCUUGGUGUUAAGGACUCUCUGGUUCCAUUGUGACUUUGGCACUUUUUUCCAACAGCUCAUCCUGGAUUCCUGUAGAACUGGCUUGGACCAACCAGGAAAUGAGCUGUGGUGUUCUCAUGGCCGCUGUCCUAUUUUUGAGUGAAGGGAGGCUCUGAAGAGUUUCAGAGAGCACUGUGGGAGCCUCGGUUCUGAGCUCAGCAUCUGAAUGGACCAGGGAGGACUGUAGUUAUCCUGGCCGUGGGUUUGCCAAACAGGAUGCAGACCCUAAGCAUUCCUGCUGAGUUGUUUGAAGUUACCACCCUCUGGUCACAGGAAGGAAGUGAGCAGGUAGACUCGAGGGGUAGAACCACACUUGGGUAGAAGAGGCACCACCCGGCUGUCCCAGUAAAGCCUGAGACAAGAGGCCUGAACCAGCAACUUGUAGGCAGAGCCCGGCAUUUCUUGUGACAGAAACACCCCUUUCCAGAGGCGUUGGGAACUGGCCUUCUGGGUGACACGUGGGGCAGGCAGUGAAGGAAGGUGGUGUGUCUUUCCCCCUCGUGUUGGGGUUGAACUACCCUCUGUCCACCUGGAGAUGAGUGGUGUUUAUUGGGAAGUGAAAUCAUAAGGCUAAGCUGGCUCAGAAUGCCUUUGGCUCUUGGCACUGCCCCCAGAACUCUAUCAAGCACUCAUGUGGGACAGAGAGCUGGCAGGAACAUGGCACGUGAGAAGAAAAUUUUGCAGUCAAGGCCUAGAGCACUGCUGUGCAGACAGAGCAAGACCCAUUUGGUGGUGGUUCUUUUUGCUCAUGCACUCGGGAAAGUGGGCACACGUGCCUACCACUUCAGUUGGGCAAGCCUUACAGCUGUGAGAGGAUGAGGAGACCAGCCGGGCAAAGCAAAGUGGUAGGAAUAAGAGGAGAAAAAAGGUGCCUAGAGAGAGGCCCAGGGCAGACAGAUCCACUUUUACCUGAAUCCUGCUCUGGAGCAAAUAGUGUGGGACGGAUGUACCAGGCUGAUAAGUUUGCAGGCCUUAUACCCCAUACUGACAGGUGCCACUUAUGUGACUCGGAUUCAGGGCCAUCAAAGAUGCCAAUUAUGGGAAAUGGCCAGUGUCUGGGAUAUUCCAGAGAUGGGCCAAAACAACCCACAAGCGGAUUCUAAAUUUCACUUCAUGUGCCCCUCCUGACCUCUAGCAAUACCUCCUAAGGCCAUAAGACUACUGAGAAGGAAUGGCGGGGGGGGGGCGGAAUUCUGCCACCCAACAUUUGAUGCUUUCUGGCCAUCAGUUUCUCUCAGCCGCCCCCCCACUUUCCAGGAGGAGGUGGGGUUGCUUUAUUUGGGCCGGCAGGUCAACAGUAAUGGCCCAGACUGAGUGAAGGCUGCAGUGGGAGAUGUACGAGCUUGGGGAGGUCAGCAGUAAUGACUAAAAAAGGGAGGAUUCUCUAGCUCCGGGCAGAGAGGGAAGCUUUGGAUUGAGGACAAGAGCACACCACUUGGGGUUCUGGAAGGGGGCAGGUCAAAUGACGAUGGGCAAUAAUGGGGCUGAAAGAAGGUCAGGGUGGGAGAGUACUUACUUUCAAGUGUCACACCCCCUAACAAGUGAAGAAGGUGGCUUCCUUUCACAGACACCCAAAGUCAAUGGGUACCCGUGUGGGAUGUGGGUCCCCUGUCCACCGCAGCUCCCCAAUUUCAGCACUUCUCCAUGAGCUACCACAGCCUCCUGGGAACCCUGAAAUCAAAUGUCUACCCUUCCACCCUCUGAUAACACGGGGGACUUGCAAUGUCAUGGUCACACUGAACGGCCCAUUUGUGGAAAGCCAGCUCCUGUGUGCCAGGACUUUACAGAGGGAAAGGGAACCAACCUCAAGAGCAACCCCAAGACUGAAGUCUACCUUAUGACGUGCUCUGAGGGGAAGAGACAGCUGUAGGGCUGCAAUCUUGCACCAUACCCUAGGCGGUGGUUGCUGUGAGUCCGUCCUUGGAGGGAGGGACAGGAAGGGUGCAGAUUUGUUUUCUCUCCAUCUUCAGGCCUCAUUUGAGUACCCAGCUGCACUCCAGAGCAGGAUUCAAGAUGGCACAGGCUCACUGAGUCUUAUGAGCCCAAAUACAGCAGAGCCGUUCCUGUGCCUUAGGCACCCGUUCGGCACAAGUCUUGGCCAUCACUUUUUUAAAAAAGAAAAUAAGCUCAUAGUGCACUUGGAACUUCUCUCUAGACUUUAGAUUUUUGUUGUCACAGCAUUGUGUUCCGGGACAAAGCCAUAAGAAGAGCAUAUAUACUGUACCUAUGAGACAAGAUGACGAUGAUUCACCCAAGUUAAAGUAUGACCUUAAUUAAAGCCCAAGCAUUUGCUCUGGUGCUGCAUAAUGAGAACUACUGGAAUCAGCCCUCUAUCCCAUCCCAACCCUUAUGCUCCAAACCCAUCCCUGCUCCCCAAUGGAACACAGCAUUUCCAACUGUUUGUAAAUAAAGAGAUGCAGAAUUGUACUUUG